AGGAGAGUGUCAAAGCACGAGAAGCAGUACGUUCUGCUUUUGACGUAAUGGUGACAGAGAAGGGAGCACGCGUAGCAUUUUCGAAGUUGCUAUCAGAAGAGACCUUGAAUGCAAGGGCUCAAUCAAUGCGAGUUCCUGAUUGGGUGUUAGUAUUGCUUAAGCUGAAAUCCAGAAUCUCAGACAAAGGCUGGCAAGAUUUCACCAAUUUGACAAAACUUGGAAGAACAGGGGUAAGGUAUAGCUUAUUUUAUAUUCUUCAUUGUACUUGACCCUUUGGCUCACUAACAUUGCUCAGUUUUGUAAUUGGAAGUAACAAAUUAACCAAAUAAAUAUACAUUUAUCUUAUUUAGUUCUCAACAACUUUUUGUAUUAUUUUUGUUAAGUUAGCAUUUAACAAUGUAUCAGGGGAGAGGCCAGCACACCACACAUCUAUCUUAAGACCAAACUCUCUCUCGAUGGAUGAGCAGUUCCCCUUUCUUCUUUACCGAGAAAGGUCCAUAUCUGCCAUAAAGUGAGAUGCAGUUUACUACUUUUAGUGAAGGUAUUAUUGUUUUUUUACUUACGAAAAAAAAAAUGACGAGCAUGUAUUCCUGACCAAAAACAAGAUUGUAGCAUUGAAACAGGAGCAGUUUAAAGCGACUAGAAGAUUGGUUGGUCUUCAGAAGCUACCACCUGAUGUUCCAGGGUAUGAAGUGAAUCUUGCUAAUAUAAUCACUUGGGCCAUCCGGGAAAUGUGGCUACAUAGUUUUGCCUCCUCUGAAGUAGUCUCUAAUUUGAAGGCUGAUGGGCGCCCUUUCUUUGGUAAGCCACAAGUUGUUUUACGGUUUCCGCCG